UGAGUUUUCAGUUGCGAUGCUUUUUUAGUUCAAUUCAAAAUUAUCAUAAAUUGGGAAACAGAUGUAUUGAAAAUAUUCGAACCACCUCUUGAAGCACCUCCUAGGGAAAGUAUAAACAGUUCUAUUCGUUCACUCAAGUAGUAAUCUCAAACGCUUUGCCCUCCAAUGAGUGGAAAAGAUUUGUAUGCUGUGGCUUAUGAAGCAAAACUCCAUGAUGAAAUUGUCAACCGCAGUGGGCAGGUAAUUCGGGAAAGGGUGGUGAUGCCGGAUGAAAUGAAACAGGACAUUGGUGGGGCAGACAAAAAAGACAUGAAAAUUCCACAAAUAAAUGCAAACAAGUACAAAGAUGAUCCGGAAAAUUACAUGGAAAUGCGUGCAAAAUACAUGAAAAAGGAAAUGAAAGCAGCCACCGAGAAUCAAGACAUGGCAAUGCAUGAGAGAGUAAUGAAUAUGGAUGUGGUAAAGCCCUCGGCAGGAGUAGAACCCGAUGAAGAAACGUCCGAGCACAAUAGGCAGACGAAUGCAGACCUCGAUCCGGAGCUGACUGAAAGGGAUAUGUUGGUUCGUAGAGGCAGGAUCGCCGUACUGGAAUUGAUCAACGAAAAUGAAGUGAAUUUGCAUUAUGCACCGUUUUUCCUACAAAAACUGGUCGAACAGGCAAAGGAAACAACUCCGGAUCAUGCACAAUAUUUCCUGCGGCAGAUUAUCGAUGAGCAAAAGCAGCACUUGGACCACGCUGAUGAGGAUUCGCUCAAAGAACUAAUCAAGAUGAUCAUACCAAUGGACAAGAAGAGCGUCACCAAAAAGUGGAUCAAAGAGUACAAGGAAAAUAAUCCGUUGACCAUUUUGACCGAUUACGAUUUGGAGGAUUUGGCCAAUGAAAAAUCGAUUUUCCAGGAGAUGACAUCCGAACAGAUGCAGCAAUACAAUGCCGAGCAGAGUCAAAGACUGGAAAUGAACAUAUUCCUGUAUAACGGCUUGGUCAAUGGUCUUCUGUUGGCAUUUGGCUGCCUCAUGUUGAGCAGCACGCUAGAUUUUAUGUUUGGCUAACAUCCCCACAUGCAGCAAACCAUCUGGCAGACAAAACAGAAUUACAUAGAAAUGCAUACGAUAGCUGG